GACGCUGAACUGGCAGAGGAAACCCGACGGCAUGCCGAGCGAGCAUCUUCUUCCAAUGCUAUUCCUCUUGGUGGAUUCGCCGGAGAGGCCGCAUCCCAUUCGGCGAGACGCCUCACUUCCCCGAACGAUGGGAGAUCAAACAACUCAUUGCAUCCGGGGCGAUUGACGCUUCCGAAUACCCGAAUAUCGACGAUGACUUUAACUCGCCAAUGGCGAAAGCUGAAGUAGAAGAAGAACUUGACGUUGAAGUUCGUGAGGAGGAACCGCCUUUCCUUCGAGGACAGACGAAGCAGACUUUGGACAUGAGUCCUGUGAAAAUUAUUAAAGCACCGGAUGGUUCAUUGAAUCGUGCUGCCUUGGCCGGAGCUUCAUUUGCGAAAGAGCGCAAGGAAUUGCGGCAACAAGAAGCCAACGAAUUGGCGGAUUCGGAGGCUCGGGACUUCAACGCACCGUGGCUGGAUCCGAUGGCCAAUAAUCAGGACAAGAUUUUCGCCCAGGAUUUGCGUGGUCACCUCAUGGGUCAGAAGGCGAGCGAAGUUCCGCAAUGGAAGCAAGAAACAUUCAACAAGGCAACAACUUUCGGAAAAAUUACUUCGUUGCCCAUCGCUGAACAGCGAAAAAGCUUGCCGAUAUACAAGCUUCGUGAACCCCUUCUGGAGGCUAUACAUGAUCAUCAAGUCCUGAUUGUCGUUGGUGAUACUGGAUCAGGGAAAACCACUCAAAUGACCCAGUAUCUCGCUGAAGCAGGUUACGCUGACCACAAAAAAAUCGGAUGCACGCAGCCUCGUCGUGUUGCCGCAAUGUCCGUGGCAAAACGUGUAGCUGAGGAAGUUGGAUGCCGAUUGGGGCAGGAGGUCGGUUAUACGAUUCGGUUCGAGGAUUGCACAGGUCCGGAGACGAAAAUAAAAUAUAUGACGGAUGGCAUGCUUCAGCGCGAGUGUCUCAUUGAUCCAGACGUGAGCGCCUAUUCGGUCAUCAUGCUUGACGAGGCGCACGAACGUACGAUUGCUACCGAUGUCCUCUUUGGCCUCCUCAAAAGUAUGUUGUUCCGGCUCCUUUUGAGCUCAUCUGCAACGCUAACUGCUUCUUUAGAGGCUUUGAAGCGGCGUCCUGACUUGAAGGUUAUUGUGACAUCCGCAACCCUUGAUGCCGAAAAGUUCUCGAGGUACUUUUUCGGGUGCAGUAUCUUCACCAUCCCUGGUCGGACGUAUCCUGUGGAGAUUCUCUACACGAAAGAGCCAGAAUCUGAUUAUUUGGACGCCUCUCUCAUCACCAUCAUGCAAAUUCACCUGUCCGAGCCUCCAGGUGACAUCUUACUCUUUCUUACUGGACAGGAGGAAAUCGACACUGCUUGUGAAAUACUGUUUGAGCGAAUGAAGACUUUAGGUCCUCAAGUCCCUCAGCUCAUUAUUCUCCCCGUCUAUUCUGCUCUUCCCUCCGAAAUGCAAUCGAAGAUUUUUGAUCCUGCGCCUCCGGGGGCACGGAAGGUAGUCAUUGCAACUAAUAUUGCUGAGACAAGCAUCACGAUCGACGGCAUUUAUUAUGUCAUUGAUCCAGGUUUUGUCAAGCAAAACGCCUACGAUCCCAAGCUAGGCAUGGACUCCUUGGUUGUGACGCCCAUUUCUCAAGCCCAGGCUCGUCAACGUGCUGGUCGAGCUGGUCGCACUGGUCCUGGAAAGUGUUAUCGACUGUACACAGAAGCGGCAUAUCGCAACGAAAUGCUCCCCAGCCCUGUUCCAGAUAUUCAGCGACAGAAUUUGGCCCACACUAUCCUCAUGUUGAAGGCAAUGGGGAUCAACGAUUUGUUAAACUUCGAUUUCAUGGACCCACCACCCGCGCAAACGAUGUUGACUGCAUUAGAGCAGCUAUAUGCGCUGUCAGCGCUUGAUGAUGAGGGAUUAUUGACGCGCUUGGGGCGCAAGAUGGCGGAUUUUCCGAUGGAGCCGCCACAGGCCAAGAUGCUCAUUGCAUCGGUUGACCUGGGCUGUUCCGAGGAAAUCUUAAGCAUCGUUGCAAUGCUAUCGGUGCAGAAUGUGUUUUACCGGCCAAAAGAGAAACAAGCUCAAGCUGACUCAAAAAAGGCCAAGUUCCAUCAACCGGAAGGAGAUCAUCUCACAUUACUAACAGUCUACAAUGGCUGGGCUGCAAGCAAAUUCUCUAACCCUUGGUGCUACGAGAAUUUCAUUCAGGCCAGAAGCAUGAGACGCGCACAAGAUGUGAGGAAGCAGCUCCUUGGUAUCAUGGAUCGAUACAAACACGACAUCAUUUCAUGUGGGAGAGAUUACAAUCGCGCACGCCGUGCCAUCUGCUCUGGAUUUUUUCGCAACGCUGCCAAAAAAGAUCCACAGGAAGGCUACAAAACUCUUGUGGAGGAAUGGGUUAUCUAUCAUGAAUUGGUCCUCACGACGCGGGAGUACUGUCACAACGUGACUGCCAUGGAACCCAAGUGGCUCGUGGAGGUUGCACCUCAGUUCUUCAAAAUUGCGGAUGCCAAUAAAAUCAGUAAGCGGAAGAAACAAGAGAAGAUCGAGCCUCUGUACAACAAAUACGAAAAGCCAGACGAAUGGCGUCUAUCUAAAAUCAAGCGUAGUGCCCGCUCGAGUCAAACAUUUGGCUAGAUCUGACAAAACUUACGCACUCACAGUUGUCGUGUGAAGGAUUGAUCUCUAGGAUAAUGAUUAAUGUCAUACGGACAACAUGUCGUAAUUAAUCCACAUUAAUUGUACAACUUUACUGGUUACAUACCUGAUACCUAUGUAUUAAUAACACUGCCUGAUCAGUUCACGGGUCUCGGCGAGUCCACCUCGACUU